GAUGGUGCUCGCACCGGAAGAGAAGAGGCAGCUCUCCCAGCCAUCUUGUGGCCGCAGCGAGCGAAUCGUACGCAUCAAGCCUCGUAGAAUCGGAGGUGAAUCCCACAGAAGGGGCGCCAUCAUGCCCGGACACCUGCAGGAAGGCUUCGGGUGCGUCGUAACCAACCGGUUCGACCAGUUAUUGGACGACGAGUCCGACCCGUUCGAGAUCCUGAAGGCAGCCGAGAACAAGAAGAAGGAGGCGGCCGCUGCUGGCUCCACCAAGACCGCCGCUCAAGCAGCCAAACAGCCGAAGAAGGAGUCGCAGAAGGACAGGAAGAACCCGCUGCUCGACAAGAAAGAAGAGUCCCAGGCUCCGGUGCCGCUGAAGAAGGAAGGUAUUCGAAGGGUGGGUCGGAGGCCAGAUCAGCAAGGCCAGCCUGGUGCUCAGCACCAAGGUGGUCAAGGUGAGGGGCGACCUGCUGACAAGAGGCCUGACCGGAGACCUCCGAGGGAGCGACGCUUUGAGAAGCCCUCUGAGGACAAACCUGAGGGAAGUGGAGAGUUCUCGGUCGAUAAGUAUGUGCCCUCUGGAGACCGGCCACCAAGGGGGCGUGGUGGCGGCCGCGGCGGCCGUGGUGGGAGAGGUCGGGGAAUGGGCCGAGGAGAAGGAUUUGACUCCCGCGGGAAGAGAGACUUCGACAGACACAGCAACAACGAAAAAUCGAAUCAGAAAGGCGAGGAGAAGCGCAGCGCCACCGGAGCAUCACAGAACUGGGCCAACGCCAAAGACGAAGCGCCUGAUGCUGAACAGACCCCGGCUGCUGAAACCACCCCAGAGAGAGAAGAACAAGCUCCAGCUGGCUCAGAGAACAAGGAGAACGAGGUGGAGGAGGUGAAGAACGAAGGCCCCAGAGAGAUGACCCUGGACGAGUGGAAGGCCAUGCAGGACAAGGAGCGCACCAAGGUGGAGUUCAACAUUCGGAAGCCCAACGAAGGCGCGGACAGCCAGUGGAAGAAGGGAUACGUGCUGCACAAGUCUAAGAGUGAAGACAGACCUGUUGGUGCCCUGAUCGAUGCUUCUGAGGCAGAAGUCGAGCCGCAAGUCUACCACAAGGCCAACCCAGACGACUCCGCCGACCAUCACUUCCGCAAACCAGCCAACGACAUCACAUCUCAACUGGAAAUCAACUUCGGAGACCUCGGACGCCCCGGCCGCGGGCGCGGUGGCGCGCGUGGAGGGAGAGGAGGCCGCGGUGGGGGAGGCAGCCGGACGGCACGUGGGGGAGGACGGUCUGAAAAGGCCAGCGGGGUGUCUGUUCCCAACGUGGAUGACCCGGAGGCCUUCCCAGCUCUGGCCUGAAGAGGGCCCCUCUUCCACCACCAGCCCAUCCAUCAGCCCUUCUGGGGCCCUCCUCCCUCUACGAGGCUUGCAUGCUUACCACACCUUCAAGUAUAUAAGAAAAGGAAAAAAAAAAAAAAGGACAAAAAAUAUUUUAUUGACAAAAAGACUCAUUCCAUUACACCUGCACCUCCAGAGGACUCCAAUUUUACCUGUUUCAAAGGAGAACAAAGCGGCAGAGAAAGGACCUCUUGUUACACUGAAGUUUUGUAUUUAGGAACAUGAAAGCAGGGAUUGUUUUCAUACCUUUUUUUUUUUGCGCAGUUAUGCAUAUUACAGUAAGGAUUUUGUGCUGCUUGAAUUCAUGCAUAUUGCAGUUAGUUUGUGUGUUUUUAUUCCUGAAAGCUUUUGACUUAGCUCAGUAUUAUGGCUCAUCUGACUGGAUCGCUUCUGGAUUUAUUUUUCCUGUCAGACGCCGACGUGGCAGCACAACACUACAUAAAGAGUUAUGUAUCUGACAUUUGGCUUGAAACGAAUCGUAAAAGUCCCGUCUGCUUUGGUGAGACAGUUCCAGGAACGAAGCUUGUCGUCGUGCGUCCUUGUUUCGGAGCGCUCGCCUCUACAUGUGGAGCAGCGUCCCCUGCUCCUCAUGUACUGCCUGUGUUGUCAGGCUCUGGUGGGGCCCCUGUGUUUCUCUUCUAGGCUGGUCCUUUUAGCUCAUACUCGUGUAAGUUCAGGACCACUCGGCAAACGUUGUCUUUAUAAGAAUGUGUGUGGGUGAAUGUGAACAGCUAGUUACUUCAAACGUCAGUAUUCCUCUGAACAGACUCGCAGGUUCUCACCCCCCCCCCUUUUUUUUUUUUUUUUUUUUUUUUGAAGUGACUGUUGAAACUAGACCACAAAGAUAGACUGACAUAUCGUAGAAAUUCUUAUAUCAAGGGUUUUAAAGCACUUGGCUUUAUCAGCACUAGUUUUUUUUUGGCUCUCCUUUUGUUUUGUUUUUUAUUCCCGUGCAGCAGCACAAUCGCAUACUGGGUCUGAAAGAAGUGUCUACUGUUAUUGUGGAACAAUCCAGAGCUACAGAAUGUAAUGUAAACUUUUGCUGUUGAAACCACCUGUGUCAGCAUUUCCAGUGAGCGUUGUUAUGAAGUGGGGUGGGGUGGGGCAGGGGGGGAGGGAGGGAGUACCGUAGCAUUGAUGGUGUGAAUAUAAAGCUUUACAUGCUGUGUUUGACUUGCUGGCAAUGCACUGAUACAAUAGGUUGGAGCAUUUCUUUCGUUGGUUCUGUUUGGACCGCUUGCGCCACACGCUGGCGGAAGUUGGUCUGCAAACAUCCCUGUUCUACUAAAUUGCUUUAGAAGUGUCACUUGUUCUCCCAAUAGGCUUUGGGUUGUUUGAAAUCAAUACUGUGAUUUUAAAGGUGUAUAAGAUAAAAAAAAAACAACAAGCUGUGGACUCUUCAUUGUUUUAGACGACAAUAAAGUUGGUUUUAUUUUA